ACUACACCACAAACACAAAACAUAAAUACUUCUACCAAAAUCCCAAAAUCUACAAAGAUUUAUCACUCUUUCUCUUUUUAAGAAACAUCAAAUAUGGAUAAUAAUAAUAAGCUCUUAGCUGUUUUGCUAAUGUUCUUGUCAAGCUUCUUGCUGAUAAGAUCAUCAACGGCUGCUUACAACUACAAUGUCGUCAACUUCGGUGCCAAACCAGACGGUCGAACGGACUCCACAAAAGCCUUCCUUGGCGCGUGGCAAGCAGCUUGCCGUUCAGCUGCAUCUGUCACUAUAACGGUACCGAGAGGGAGCUUCUUGCUCAAACCGGUGGAGUUUCGUGGUCCGUGCCGCAGUAGAAUCACGUUCCAGAUCUAUGGAACGAUUGUAGCUCCUUCGGAUUACCGCGGUUUGGGAAAUUCCGGUUAUUGGAUUUUGUUUGUGAAAGUUAACCGGAUCUCGAUCAAUGGAGGAACGUUAGAUGCUAGAGGUGCUUCUUUUUGGGCUUGUCGUAAAUCCGGAAAGAGUUGCCCUGCUGGCGCCAGGUCAAUGACGUUUAACUGGGCAAACGACGUCGUAGUAACCGGUUUAACAUCAAUUAACAGUCAAGUAACACAUUUAGUUAUAAACAGCUGCAACAACGUAGUCAUCCGGAAAGUAAAGCUAGUGGCUCCAGACCAAAGUCCCAACACAGAUGGCCUCCAUGUCCAAGCUUCUGCUGGUGUUACCGUAACUGAUAGCACGUUUCAGACCGGAGAUGAUUGUGGUUCUGGAGUGAAGAUUACUCAGGUUGUGUAUAGAAACAUUCAAGGGUCGUCACGGACGCAACAGGCUUUAACGUUUGAUUGCAGUCGCAGUAAUCCGUGCCAAGCUAUUAGAUUGCACGAUAUCAAGCUAACGUUUAACGGUCGGUCAGCCACUUCGACGUGUAAAAAUAUUAAAGGAGUUAAGGCUGGUGUGGUGAUGCCUCAAGGUUGUCUUUGA